GACGUAGAUAAAGCCUGAACCGGCAUCAUGAGCUGUGCACUGCCCUACGACUCCUUGCCCGCUCGGCUGAGCCCCAGGCGAGAGGUGGACUGGGAACGUGAGCAGCUAGCGGCGCAGACGCUCUCCUCUCCCAGAGGGCUAAGCCUCCUCAACCCUUCUACUGGGCUUCGGCGGCACUCGGCACUCCCUGGGUACAUGCUCUCGCCCUUCCAGGAGCAGCAACACCAGGAGCACCAGGAACAGCUGCAGCGCCUCUCAUUGUCCCUGUGCUCCGAGGCCUCCAUGGCGCCCCCUGCUCCUCACAUGGGUGGACCCCUGCCCUGCUGCCGGCCAGUGGGCGUCAUGCCCCUGCUGCGCCUGGCCCUGCUGGCCUUCAGCUGCCUCUUCUGGGCGGCCGGUCUGGCCAUCUUCACCCUGGGCGUGUGGGCCCAGGUAUCACUGGCCGACUACAUGCUGCUGUCGGCCAACCGCUACCCCAAUGCCCCGCUCAUCCUUCUGGCCACGGGGGCCACCAUCACAGCCUGGGGCUUCCUGGGCUGUCUGGGAGUAGCCGCCAACCUACCCUUUGUGCUGCGGGCAUACGGCUUCAUCCAGUUGGCGGCACUGAUGGCAGGGCUAGCCGCCGGCCUCUCGGGCCUGUUUUACCGCGAGGACAUCGCCGGAGGGUUCCGUAGCGGACUGCAGCAGGCAGUGGCGGGCUAUGGUGAAGAUGAGGGCCGCUCCAACGCUCUGGAUAGCCUGCAGAGGGCACUAGAGUGCUGUGGGGCCGAGGGCUGGCGUGAUUGGCUAACCUCCGACUGGGCCAAUCAGGACGCAGCCUUCUCGCCCAUGGGCAACGGCUCCUCUGUGUCGCUACCCGACAGCUGCUGUAUGCAACGCAUGGGCUGCAGAAACCGACCCUUGCCAGCCGUGGGCAGUGAAGGGGUGGCGGCUGCUGGAAUCCAUCCCCACGGAUGUUUCCGGAAGGUGUUCAGUUUCGUCAAUGAUAACGUCUUCCACAUUGCUGCUACCGUGCUGGGGCUAGCCUUCACCCAGAUAGGUGGCAUUGCCCUGGCCUGUCUACUAGCUAAUCGCCUGCAACCAAGACUACACCGACCAGUCGCACACUAA